AUGGCAAGACGAAGCAUUCCCCGUGCAAAUUGUGUCAUGGGUACAAAUAUUACCGAUGCAACAAAUGGCUCUGUGGUUAGCUCCAACAAUAUUGAUACAACAGAAGCUAUCUAUCAGAACCUACCAGAUAGCACUCAUAUGUUGAAACCUCAGCCAAACUGUCACCAUUGUGGUGCUAGAAGGUUCGAAUAUGAGUCAUUGGGAUUUUGUUGCAAGGAUGGGAAAGUCAAACUGGAGAUGCCAGAACCACCAGAAGAGCUUCAACUGCUGUACACAAGUGGGGAUCCUGAAUCACAACAUUUUCGGGACAGCAUUAGAUUUUUCAAUGGUCAUUUCUUAUUCACCACACUCUAUUGUGAUUAUGACAAGGAACUCGCAAAUGCAAGAGAUGGAGUGUACACAUUUAAAGCUCAUGGACAAAUGUACCACAAUAUACACUCAUUCGGACAACGAGAUGAUGACCCGAGCCAUUUGCAACUAUACUUCUAUGAUGACGAUCCUUCCUUAUCACAUCGUUUUCGACGCGCCCGAGAUGAAACAUAUAGAGCAAGAGAUAGGAGUGUCAUUAGAAGUUUGGUGGGCAUCCUAAGAGACAACCCUUACUCUGAAACAUUCAGGAGCCUAGGACAAGUUGAAGAUAUGGACGAAUAUCGUAUUGUGCUAAACAUUGAAUACAAACUAGACCAGAGAGUAUAUAACAUGCCAUUAACAUCAGAGGUGGCUACUGUGUGGGUCGAGGGAAGCGAGUUGCACAAACAUUUUGAUCGCAGCAUAACUCUCUUUGCUAAUAAUGACACAUAUUAUUCAAUCAGACCUCAUCAUGGGUGCUAUGACCCUUUGUCAUAUCCUCUCCUUUUCCCGAGUGGGGAGCUUGGUUGGCAUCCAGAGAUACCAAAACAAGGUGUUGAUAUUAGACAGAUACGAAGGUCUCAGUCCGUAAAUCCCGACAACCCAGACACUAAUAGCACGUUGUGCGUCACGAUGCGCGAAUAUUAUUGCUACAAGUUCCAGAUGCGCCGUGGAAUGUUCAACACCAUCUUGCAUGGGAAGCGCCUAUUCCAGCAAUUUGCAGUUGAUACCUAUAUAAAGCUUGAAACAUCGCGUCUGAACUAUAUUCUGCACAACCAAUCAAGAAUACGUACAGAUCUUUACCAGGGCUUAGUGGAUAGUAAUCAAAAUCGCACAUGCAAGAGCUAUUAUCCAUGCCAGUUUACUGAAACAACUCUCCAAGGCAAGGACUCUUACCCCAUCUACAGAAGACGGGAUGAUGGGCAGAAGGUACAAGUAAGAGGGCAUGUCUUGGACAACAGAUGGGUUGUGCCUUAUAAUCCUAAGCUACUAAGGAGGUAUGACUGCCACAUCAACGCCGAGGUUUGCUCAAGCAUUAAGGCUGUCAAGUACCUUUACAAAUACAUCUACAAGGGUCAUGACAGGGCAUCUGUUUCUAUCAGUGAUGCCGACGGCGAUCAUGAGAUUAAUGAGAUCGAUGAUUACAGGGAAGCUAGAUGGGUAGCCCCACAGGAGGCACUGUGGAGAAUCUUUGCCUUCGAUCUUAGUGGGAUCUCCCCCCUAGUGCUCCAGCUGCAACUUCAUCUCCCUGGCAUGCAUCUCGUGUCCUACAGGGAUAACGCGGAUGUACGUCAGGUUUUGGACCAACAAGGUGCCUCUGAGACCAUGUUAACUGGGUAUUUUAAGGCGAAUUGUGAGUUCCCGUGGGCACGGAGCAUACUAUAUAGGGAAUUCCCAGAAAAUGCAGUUUGGAACCCUACAUUAAAGAAAUGGAAGAAGAGAAAACAACGCACACAGGUUGGAAGGAUCAUCUCAGCGCAUCCUGCAGAAGGAGAAAGAUACUAUCUAAGGGUACUACUAAACCAUGUGGCAGGUGCUACUUCAUAUGAAAAUCUAAGGACAUUUGAUGGUGUUGUCUACCCUACCUUUCGUGAAGCUGCCGAGAAAAGAGGUCUUAUUGAGUCAGACAAUAACAUCGAUGAUUGCUUAACAGAGGCUGAAAUAUUCCAUAUGCCAUCAUCUCUCCGAAGGCUGUUUGCCACAAUAUUGGUUUUCUGUGAACCCAACAAUGUCCGUGGGAUAUGGAACAAGCACCUAGAGGCAAUGUCCGAAGACUUCAGACGAGACCAAAUGAACUCACAUGUAGUUGAACAAAUGGUUAUGUUGGAUAUUAGAAAUAUGCUACAGUCAAUGGGUAAGGACAUAUCAUCAUUCCCUCUUCCUGAGAUCGAAGAGGAGCAUGACACCAUGUCUGGAGAGGUAAGGGAAAUAUUCGAAGAGAGAUAUAUAGAGGUAGACCAUGAAUUUGCCUCGGUCGUGUCAUCUCUCAAUCGUGAACAACGGUAUGCUUAUGACAAAAUAUUAUCAUAUGUUGACAGCGGUAAUGGAACUGCUUUCUUUGUUGAUGGUCCUGGAGGGACCGGAAAGACAUUCCUAUACAAAGCUUUGCUAGCGAAAGUCCGUAGUGAGGGAAAGAUAGCUGUUGCUACCGCGACGUCUGGUGUUGCUGCCUCCAUCUUGCCUGGUGGCAGGACUGCACACUCAAGAUUUAAGAUAUCACUUAGCAUACAAGAAGGAGGAGUUUGUAACUUUACGAAGCAGAGUGAGACCGCGAAACUUCUUUGA